UUCCUUCGUGACAUGAAAUAAAGCAGGGGCACCUAUGUGCCGUGACACUUAACGUGGUGAUUUAUGUGAAUUCCCACACGUCCACAACGAAGGUGAAGAAGGGAUGGAGCCCAACCAGGAGAGGUCUCCACCUCCCCUCCUGACGUCAUGCGCCAAAGCCGGAGCUCUUGCACGACUGGAUCAGUUCACUACCGCUCGCCUGUGACUCUCUCUGCACACUGCCAGGACUGUGCGUGGACUGUAAAAAAGGAGGGACUAAGCGAGCUGGAGGGGGAUAACACUUCGGAUUUGGAUACACACUGGAAAACUACCAAGGCAGCGAACGAACGCGACCACCCUGCCUUGUCUGGCUUUUUCCCCCUUCUUCCUUGCACAUCGCUUUCGCCCCUACCCCGUCGCUUGCGGUCGGAUUGCGGCGAGAAUGGAGCUCCCUGCCGCCGGAGAGCACGUCUUUGCGGUGGAGGGCAUCGAAAAGAAGCGCAUUCGCAAGGGGAAGAUUGAGUACCUGGUCAAGUGGCGGGGAUGGUCUCCCAAAUACAACACAUGGGAGCCGGAGGAAAACAUCCUUGACCCGCGCCUCCUCGUUGCAUUUCAAUACAGGGAGAGGCAGGAGCAGCUGAUGGGAUAUCGCAAAAGGGGCCCCAAAGCAAAACAUCUUCCACUGCAGGUUCCCUCGUUUGCCCGGAGGUCGAGUAUCCCCGCGGGCUUGGAGGACGCCUCUCCGGACGUAGAUGACAGUCCCAAGGAGGAUGCCGUCCCGCUCCAGCGUUGCCAGCCCCAGCAGUAUCAGCUGAACAGCAAGAAGCACCAUCAGUACCAGCCCAGCAGCCAGGAGGUGCCUGUCGAUCAGCUGGCCAGCACCAAGAAGAAGUACGUCUACCAGCUCAACAGCAAGAAGCACCACCACUAUGAGCCUGACCCCAGCAUGUACCAAGCUCAGGCCUCAAAGCUCAAGAAGGUGGUCAAAGUUCAGGAAGCGCCCAGCAAAGCCGCCAACCCCGGCUGGAAUCUGCCGCUGGCGCUGCAGCAGAAAUGGCUUCGCGACAAAGACACGGGCUGCUUGAGUAAAGUCAAAGAGCUGGCGGUGGAGCUGCGAAAAGCUGGUCCCAAAGACGCGGAAAGCGAGCAAGCGCUCAAGCCUAAUCCCAAGGACGCCACGCUCCCGAGCGCCGUCAGUGGCAAAAUGAAGAUCAUAAAGAACAAAAACAAGAACGGACGUAUCGUCAUCGUCAUGAGCAAGUAUAUGGACGCUCACAAGGUUCACGGGGCAAAGGGCAAACACGGGGAACCGUCAAGCGCUGAGAAAAGCCAAAGCGGCCAAAACAACCCGGCGCACGGAAGCAAAACGGCCGAGAACGGUAUUCCCAAAGAGAUGUGCAGCAGCAGUUCCCUCCCCGCCACAGAGUGCUCCCCGAAGGACAGGCACUUUUUCAAGCCUUCGCCCAGUACAGCUGAGGAAUACAACACGGAGGUUGCUCGGGGUCAGGCUGACCUGCCCGAUGAUCUCCCGCUGCAGCUGACCGCCAGCUCGCCCCCGACCUCCUGGCCGGCCGACGCCAACGUCCCCACGUCCGCCGCCAUGAUGGACCACAUCCGGAUUCCGUCCUACCCCGGCAGCCGCAAGAGAAAACUCUCCGAGCCUGCGGCUGAGCGCGGACUUCCCAAGGCUCCCAAAAGCCUCGGCCUUUGCGACAGCGCGCUGGGGCCGCCUCAGGACAAACCCAUGGACCUUCACUGCGCCGGACGCGUCGGUGCGUACCCGUCUGAUGCCAUGGACUGCGCUGGCCAGGAGGAGCCCAUGGAUCUGAGUUGUCCAAAGACUAAGAAGCAGACUCAGCCGGAAAUUCGGCCUGAGCCGCUGCGGCCUGAACUUGCACCUGAGCCUGAACUGCAAUCCCAAAGUGAACCUGCUCCCCAAGCUGAAUCCCCGCCCGCUCUCCAAGAUACCAACACAGCAACCCAGGACACGCCGAACAAGACGAAAGCAGCGCUGACUCAAAAGAUCUCUCCUUUUAUGGGAAAUAUCAUCAUCACUGAUGUCACAACAAACAGUCUGACAGUAACCUUCAAGGAGUACGUCUCUUUCUAAGGAAGCCACUGACUGGACAGACGGAUUGUGUCCAAAUGUGCAUAGUGUAGAAAAGAAAAAAACAUACAGAGAUUUUGUACAUAUGCAAAGUUAUAAUUUAUCAUUCAAAUUUAAUAUGUUUCCUACAUGUUUUAUACUGUAACUCUGAAACGUAGCCAAGCAAGUGCCCUCGAGGAUUUCCGUGGAUACAUUCAACGAGAUGUGUUCCGCUUCAAAAAAAGAAAAACACUCUACGAGUAUAUUGCGUUGUUUCAUACCUGUACCAAACUUGUAAUCUCAGAUGUGCAAAGGUUUAUACGUCUUUUGUAUCAAACUCGAUCAAUUAUUUGGGGUCCCGCUGCGCAUUAGAGAGGAACUUGUCAUGUUGGUAUAGAUCAAAGAUCAAAUUGAAAGCACUUCAUUACUUUUUCUCCACCAGGCAAUGAUCGCUAAUUGCCUUCAUUAUUCAGUUUGCCCUCCUUCAGGUCGUUUUCAGAGGUUUGGACUCGAUUCAGUCGUGGGCAUUAUAAUCGAUUCAUCGUUAUGAAUGUGGUUGAUUGCGUGGAAACGAUAGUUGUCGUUAUGUCUCGAAGUAACAAACUGAUUGUUUAUCAAGAAAAUGAAUUGUCCCGUUUUUGUGAGGCACGCGUCUUGAGAUGCAAACAUGACAAAGACGUACGCAAACUCUCUUCCGUUUGACAAAUGUGAGCCCUCACUUUUUUAGCAUUGUUCAUCUCAUGAAUAUUCCGUGAUGGGAAAAGGCGGCUGACUGCCGUUUGUUAGGCUCGCUCGUGACCCGUCAAAUGUGACUCAUCAAGGUUUUGCUAGGCACACUUGAAGACGAGCUUGCUUUUUGUUGAUGCUGCUUGAAAUGCAAAUGUUGACUCUCGCCUUCGAGAUGCACACUGAAUGCAAAACCAGCUUAAGAAUGCUAAAAUGCGACAAGAAUGAAUCGGAAGCGAGCAUAUUUAUUUGGGAGAAGCUGCAAGGGAUCUUUUAACAAUUGUUUCCAUGAAUUUUGCUGUCCUUUUGGGUUUUGUUUUGCUUUCAUUUGUCGAUGCACUCGCUUACAAGGAUCGUCAUUACGUUGCUUAGGGACACGAGUUAGCUUACUGCUGUUGGCACACUUUCACAAUAAAGAAAGCAAAGUUCCUCG